AUGUCAGUUACCAUUCACGAUGGUAACUUCUUGUUCCGUGUGAAUUAUGCCACACAAAUUCUCUGUUUCAUUUUGACCACGCCUUUCGUUUUCCUUCGAAUCUUUGUUCGAUGGAAAGUGAAUCGCGCGCUCGGUAUCGAUGAUGGUUCUGUUUAUGGGAUACUGCGCGACUGGCAUGAUCUGUAA